GCCGAGGCCAGCCGAGUCGGCCCGAGCGUUGCCGAGCAAGACCGAAGAGCGGGGCCGGGUCGGAGCCGGACUACGGGAGCCGACGCGGGCCGCGCGGUGGGCGCGGAGCGGCGCGGCAGGCCGGGCGGGCGGCGGCAGCUGCAGAGGAGGCCGCGGCCGCGGGUCCAGGAGCGGAAGCGGCGAGGGAGGCGGCGGGGGCCGGGUGGCCGGGGUCCCGGGCCCCGCGGCGGCGGCAGCGGCGGCGGCGGCGGCAGGAUGAUCAAGCUGUUCUCGCUGAAGCAGCAGAAGAAGGAGGAGGAGUCGGCGGGCGGCACCAAGGGCAGCAGCAAGAAGGCGUCGGCGGCGCAGCUGCGGAUUCAGAAGGACAUAAACGAGCUGAACCUGCCCAAGACGUGUGACAUCAGUUUCUCAGACCCGGACGACCUCCUAAAUUUCAAGCUGGUCAUCUGUCCUGAUGAGGGUUUCUACAAGAGUGGGAAGUUUGUGUUCAGUUUUAAGGUGGGCCAGGGUUACCCACAUGACCCCCCCAAGGUGAAGUGUGAAACGAUGGUCUAUCACCCCAACAUUGACCUCGAGGGCAACGUCUGCCUCAACAUCCUCAGAGAGGACUGGAAGCCAGUCCUUACGAUAAACUCCAUAAUUUAUGGCCUGCAGUAUCUCUUCUUGGAGCCCAACCCUGAGGACCCACUGAACAAGGAGGCCGCCGAGGUCCUGCAGAACAACCGGCGGCUGUUUGAGCAGAAUGUGCAGCGCUCCAUGCGAGGUGGCUACAUCGGCUCCACCUACUUCGAGCGCUGCCUCAAGUAGAUUUGCUAUAUACCUGCCCUGGCCAGGACCAUCCGGUCCUGGCAUCCCCUGCAAAUAUUUAUUGGGGGCCACAGAUGGAGGGGUGGGGGGCAGCCAGUGGGGAAAUCCCUCCCUUGGCCACCUGUCUGCUCCCUGCCACCUGCCCUUAGUUAUUUUUUUUUAACCACCACAUGAUUAUAGUUGGCAUUGUCCACUCAGCAAUGGGAAAUGAAUUGGCUUGUCUAGCCCCCCUCCUCCAUGCUGGGUGCUGUUCAGCCCCCCCACUCUGGGUUGUGAGGUGGGUGGGCAAGGGGCCCCUGUAGCUGGGUCCAGGCACCCCACCCCACGCCCCCAGAGGUCCCACCAGGCUAUUAAAGGGGAAUGUUACUGCA